AUGUCGGUUACGCUCACAGAAAGUAAGUUUUUAUAUAAUUUUGCUAACAUAGUAACAUCUUUUUGUACACGAAAUUGUAAAAAUGUAAUUUCGUCGUAUUCAAUUUAUUUUAUUUACGUGAAAACGUUUUCGCCGCGGGACCAUUUUAACGUUGCGAUGUUUCAGCUGGAGAACGACGAGCUCAAGCUCAAGGAACGCUCCCAAUCCUCCGUCUUCAAGGAACAACUAAUGUCGAGCGUCCUCAUGUCACCUGGUCCGCGGAUACUGUAGACAACGAGAACAUGGGCCGGCUCAAGAGUAACUGUUGUUGUGUCUACGUCAAACCCAGAAUCUGGGACGAUCCUUCCACUUGGGAACAGGAUGAGAACGAGACCGAACAUUGCCGAGGUCACACUCUGCCCCCGAAGGACAAGAACUAA